CAAUAUUAAUGAGCUAACCCUUUGCAAUUGGCGGAGUACUCUGACGCAGGAAUAGUACGUCACUGAUGAAGUGGCAACGAUGGAGGCGAGUCAGGAACUAGCAGCGAAUUCAAUCCUGCAAGAUGAGUGCUAUGGUGAUUUCCUGAAAGAGGAUUUCGAUGUGAAAACAUACACAGCUCAGGCCAUUCAUCAUGCAAUCAUCGCAGAGCAGUUGGCAAAGCUGGCAGAGGGCAUCAGUCAGCUGGACAAAGAGCUGCACUGUCAGGUAGUGGCCAGACAUGAAGAUCUUCUGGCUCAGGCAACAGGGAUUGAGUCUCUUGAAGGUGUCUUACAAAUGAUGCAGACUAGAAUUGCAGCUCUGCAGAGUGCUGUAGACAGGAUAAGGACCAAAAUCGUUGACCCUUACAAUAAGAUUGUGGCACGGACAGCUCAGCUCGCCCGCUUACAGGUGGCAUGUGACCUGCUGAGAAGGAUUAUUCGAAUCCUGUACCUGAGCAAACGAUUACAGGGGCAACUGCAGGGGGGCAGUAGAGAGAUCACCAAAGCUGCCCAGAGUCUCAAUGAGUUGGAUUACUUGUCCCAAGGUGUGGAUCUAUCUGGUAUUGAUGUCAUAGAGAAUGACUUGCUGUUUAUCAGUCGAGCGCGUUUGGAGGUGGAGAACCAAGCCAAACGGUUACUGGAACAGGGCAUGGAAAUUCAGAAUCCAUCUCAGGUGGGAACGGCCCUACAGGUUUUCUACAACCUCGGCAGUCUGAGAGAGACCAUCAAAAAUGUGGUGGAUGGAUACAGGGCGUCUGUGCAGGAGAAUGUUAUUAAUGCCCUGGAUAUUAAAGUCCUCACUCAACCAGCCAACACCAGAGGUGCUCCCGGCAGAGCCGUCAUGCCCACACCCGGAAACACGGCCGCGUUUCGUGCUGCUCUCUGGACAAAUUUAGAGAAGCUUAUGGACCAGAUAUGUGCCGCAUGUGGUCAGGUGCAACACCUGCAAAAGGUUUUAACUAAAAAGAGAGACCCUGUGACCCAUGUGUGCUUUAUUGACGACAUCAUCAAGGAUGGACAGCCUGACAUCUUGCACACCUUCUGGAGUUCAGUCACUCAGACGCUCUCCGAGGAGCUUCAGAAAGCCACAGCCGCAUCGACCUUCCUCAAACAGGCUCUGGAGGGUGAGUAUCCCAAACUCCUGAGGCUUUACAAUGAGCUGUGGAAGCGUCUGCAGCAGUACAGUGCAAGUAUACAGGGGGCGCUAGUGAGCAGUGCUGCAGGUAUGGACAUGGAGCUGUCAACGUCUGAACAUGAUACUGAAGAUCUGUUCACCCGCACUAAACCAGACUAUGAUCCCGAGAAGGAUCUGAAGAGCUCACUGCAACCGUAUGAAGCCGCUUACCUGUCCAAGUCCCUCUCUCGUCUCUUUGACCCCAUCAACCUGGUGUUUCCUCAGGGAGGUCGUAAUCCGCCAUCCAACGAUGAGCUGGACAGCAUCAUAAAGACCAUAGCCAGCGAGCUGAAUGUUGCAUCAGUGGACCCGGACCUGACGGUCGCAGUUGGCAAGAACGCAGCCAAGACGGUGCAGCUCUUCUGCGUCAAAUCGGAGCAAUUGCUGUGUACGCAGGGUGAUGCCAGUCAAGUGAUCGGACCCCUGACAGAAGGCCAGAGGAGGAACAUCGCCGUUGUAAACUCUCUUUUCCGCUUACAGCAAGCUGUUGCUAAAGUCAUUUCUGGCAUGGGCUCCGUCCCGCCGGCAGCAGAACAAGCCCUCGCCGCAUCUUUAGAGUCGGUUCAAGCUCUGAUGACUGCCGCCGUUCAGCCGCUCCUCAGUUCUGUCACCGAUUCUGUUGAAGCAAUACUCAUCACAAUGCAUCAGGAGGAUUUCUCCAGUCCUCUCCCUGCGGGCGGUCGCCCAGACGUGCCGUGCUCUCUUUACAUGCGUGAGCUGCAGGGCUUCAUCACACGCGUGAUGAACGAUUAUUUCCGCCCUCUUCAGUGUCUGGACUUCCUGUACGACAGCACAGAGGACAUCGCCCAGCGCGCCAUCACCCUCUUCAUCCGUCACGCCUCACUCCUGCGGCCGCUCGGGGAAGGAGGCAAGAUGAGAUUGGCGGCCGACUUUGCUCAGAUGGAGUUGGCCGUGGCUCCUCUUUGUAGACGGGUGUCAGAUCUGGGGAAGGCGUACCGUCUGCUACGAUCUUUCAGACCCCUGCUGUUCCAGACGAGCGAGCACAUCGCUAGCAGUCAGACGCUGGGAGAUUUGAUCCCAUACAGCACCAUAUUGCAUUUCCUAUUCACCCGUGCACCCGCCGAACUCAAAUCCCCACACCAGAGAGCGGAGUGGUCAAUCUCACGAUAUUCUCAGUGGUUGGAUGACCACCCAUCAGAAAAGGACCGUCUGACGCUCAUCAGGGGUGCACUGGAGGCGUACGUGCAGUCGGUUCGAACCCGACAGGGGAAGGAGUUUGCUCCGGUUUAUCCCAUCAUGCUACAGCUCCUGCAGAAGGCCACCAGCGCAUUAUAGGACUGAACAAUUAAUCAUAACAAACAAUACACACUCAUCUUCACCAAAACAAUUAUGAAUUAUUCCGGUUAUUUUCUUACAGUCAUAAAUGAAUGUUGUUCAUGGAUGUGUUUUUAUGGGUUGUUUGGUUAGUAUUGACACUAGUAUGGCUUUCAUAAGGAUUUCCUUUUUUUUUUCUUUAGUGCUAGACCAAAAUAAUCAUAACAUGAUGUAAAUGUUGAUUAAAAAUGUGAUAAUGCUUUA